GCUUGCUGACGUGUAAAAAGCCUAAACUUAUAUCUUUUUCUAAUUAUAUUUUUGCAUAUAAGUUUUUUUUCUUUGCCCCUUUGAUCCUUGUUUGGUUUGGUUGCCCAGAAAAUUAAAAAAAUAGAUGAAGCUUUGUUGUUGUUGUUUGUGGAAGCAGAAGAAGAAUGAUGGCUUUCUUUGCGUGCUAAACACUUAGUGACCAAACUUCUUUUCUUAUUAAGGAAGGAUGAGGUUCAAGAAACGAACCAAAGUAGAAGUGUUGACCAAAUCAUCUGUUCCAUCUGGUGCUUGGCGAUCUGCUGAGAUACUAUCAGGAAAUGGGCAUUAUUACACUGUCAUGUAUGAUGGUAAUGACGGUGGUACUACAGAGAGGGUGCCGAGGAAGAGUAUGAGACCUGAGCCUCCUCCUUUACAAGUCCUACAAUCUUGGGCUCCUGGUGACGUUCUUGAGGUUUUCGAACGCUGUUCGUGGAAGAAGGCAAUAGUUUCCAAGGUGUUGGAGAAUGAUUGUGUCUUGGUUAGAUUACUUGGUUCCUCACUGAAGAUAAAGGCAAACAAAUCCGACAUUCGGGUUAGACAAUCUUGGCAAGACAACGAGUGGAUCACGGUCGGGCAGGGUACAUCACAGACUUCAACAGGAAAGUUAGGGAGGAGAAAGGUGAAUCUGAAAGGGGAGUAUGUUUCAUCUGAGAGCAAAGACAAGCUCAAUGAGUCUCAUGUAUUUUCAACUAAAGGUCCAAAGAAACGGACCUAUUCUUUGGUUGAACCACACAAAGAAGAACAAGAAGACGAUAGAGAGAGUGUUGCAUCUUCUGUUGGCAGUUGUAACAUGGACAUGGACGGUUUAAGCACUGUCUCUUUCGGUCCCAUAGAAACCGGUAAUUCUAGUGACACAGAGUCAUCCUCUUGUGUCUACACAAGCAUCAAGAUCAAGAAGUAUAACUUUCCAGCAAACAGCUCAGAAGCUGCUGAUGUUGUUCACAUGCUAGAGUUGGAUGAAUACCGAUCCAGCAUUGAGAGACUGCACGCAUCAGGACCCAACAUAACAUGGGAACAAGAAACCUGGAUCACAAAUCUCCGCUUGAGAUUGAACAUAUCAAAUGAGGAACAUCUGAUGCAGAUAAGAAACCUCAUCUCUGUUGAUAACAGUACUACUUACAGAUAGAAUCAUCAUUCACAACUACAACUUUGUUUUGCAUAGAAUAAAUGUUAAAGAGUAGUUCGUACAAAUGUCCCUUCUGAACAUAUUUCUUUUUUUAUUGUGGUGUUACUUGAUAGAGACCUGCAAAGUAUAUAGUAUAUGAUGAUUCCUGCAAGUUUCAUGUUUCAUAUCUCACUUUGGGUUCAAAGACAAGUCGCUGCUCUAUUCCAAAACGAUCUUAACAAUAUUCCCCCAACAUGUUAAAAAAA